AUGAGCGCAUACCCACUCCUCCGACUCAAGACCAUCGAAUCUCAUCUUGACAACAUCAACUCAACUUUCGACAUGCCUUUCAACCAGAACGGCGCUAAUUCCACCGCGACCAUUACAACGUACAACGACGUCGCUGGAAAUCAAACCAACUGGGCCGGCGGCCACACAGACAAUAGCACCACGACUACCAACACCAAUAGCAACAACAAGACCGUUGGAGACAUAACAGGCACCGCCGGCGCCGGUACGGGUGGCGAUGGAGGUGGUGCAGGUACUGGAGGUUCUGUCGGAGGCAUCAGCUUUUAG